AUAGUUUCAGUUUCCGAACUUCACUCUCUCUUGUCGGAUUCUGUGUCUCUUCUUUGAUGAUUCAUCAGAUCUCUGUUUGAAGUAUUCAAUUUCUCUCUCUUCUGUUUUAUCUUCACCGGAGAUCCAAUCGUCGGAGAAAUGGGAGGAUUAUUGCAUCUCUUCGAUUUCCACAACAACAGUUUCUCCCGGAAAGUUUUCUCUCAUCACAAAAGCCGCGACGAUGAUCUGGAAGCUCCAAGAAAUAGUUUUGAGCUUCAAGUCGAUAACUUUCAGACAUACCAUAACGAGAAAGAUAAACCGCAGAGUAAUGGAUUUGAGGAGGAGGAAUGGUACGAGAGAAGUUGUUACCCAAUUGAGGAAUCAAUGAAGAAGAAGAUAAUCGAAGAGCUUUCGAAACGGUCCAACGAUAAACAGAACACGCCGAGUCUUGUAGCUAAGUUGAUGGGAAUGGAUGCACUUCCUUUGGAGUCUGCUAAGUCAUCGUCUUGGAUCUAUCCUCGACAGACUAAAGUGAAUCGAUAUGAUGAUGAGAAAGGAGGAGGAGGAAGAAAAAGUAGAAAAGGGAGGUUAUCUUCAUCGGUGAUUGCAUUGGAUGUAAUGGAGACACCAAUGCGUAGAGAACAUCCUCAAGAAGAGGAGCUUCAAAGAUUUAGAAGAGAGUUUGAAGCUUGGCAAGCUGAUAAAAGGUUUAAAGAUUGUUCAAGAAUCGUUGAUUCGGGCUGCGUGGUGGCUCGGGAUGAGAAAGAGAGGCUUUUCACAAGAACUAGGAGCUUUGGUAGGGAUUUUAGUUUGAAAUCUGAUAGAACUGCUCCAACUAGGAUUGUGGUUCUGAGACCUGGUCUUCAGAGAGCGUAUGAUUACGAAGAUUCGUUGACUACUUCUUCAGGGACUACUAUGGAAGGAAGCAGAGGAAGUAGCAUAGAAGAGUUUCUUGAAGAAGUUAAAGAGAGGUUAAAAGGUGAGCUUCAAGGAAAAGCAGCUCUCAAGAGAAGUUCAUCAGUGAGAGGAAGCGGAAUCGAGACUCCUUUCAGCGAAAGACCUUCUCCGAGGUCUGAAUCGAUGAGAUCAUAUGCAGUGAGUGAGGUUCAGUGCAAUGCACCAGACUCUCCUACUGAGUUUAUAAGUAGAGAUACUAGAAAACUUUUGGCAGAGAGAUUGAAGAAUGUUUUGAGAAAAGAGAUGACUCCUUCAGAUGAUUCUGUGGUCAAAUGUAGUAGCCGUUUGCGACCUACUGUGUCGGAUGCAGCGAAACAAGCUGAGGAAAUCAAUCAAGAAGACUCGAGAAUAAAUGGAGAUGUUUCUAAGAAAGAUUCUUUAUCACCAAGAAAUCUCAAAAGAUCGCUAUCUGCUCCUGUUUCAGGAACAUCAUUUGGUAAGCUUUUGUUAGAGGACCGGCAUGUUUUGACAGGCGCGCAGAUCAUGAGAAAGCACGAGGCUACGAUAACAGAGCGAGAAGAAACAGAAUCAGAAACAGAACCAGUUGUUGUGGAUCCAAUCAGGAGGAAAGAAAGAUUCAACCUCAGGAAGAAAGUUUCUAGCUUUAGAUCAACUCUUAGAGGAAGAAUCUUUGGUAAGAAGAUACGUUCAAUGAUUGAAUCAAACAGUUUCGAGGAUGAAUCAAUCAAAGAUUUCGUGACGGGAUCGAAGUUUAACAACUUUUACGAUCGAAAUGAGAAUUCAACAGAAGUGCCUCCAAGCCCUGCAUCAGUCUGUAGCAGUACACCAGAAGAGUUCUGGAGGAAUGUCGAUUAUCUCAGCCAGGUUUCGACACCCGAUGUGACUGUAUCGGAUGAGAAUGGUAUGCCUCAAGUCUUCAGAGACAUCAGUUCCAAUCUAAGUGAACUAAGAAGACAAAUAAAUGAGCUUGAAUCCGAUGUACAAGUGCGAACGCCUGUGGAAGAAGAAACGAUUCAAGAGAUUGAGACCAUAGUUGAUUUAGGAAAUCCAGACAAAGUAUUUGUGAGAGAUCUUCUUGUGGCUUCUGGUUUGUAUGAAGGGACAUCAGAUAUAUCAUUGUCUAGAUGGGAUCCAUUAGCAAAGCCAAUAAAAAAGUCUGUUCUUGAAGAAACAAAAGACAAUCUCAAGAAAAGAAGCAAUCAGAAUCAAGAAGAUGAAGAUACCGGAGAGACUACUAUAAGUGAAGAAAAUCACAACAUAUUGUUUGAUCUUCUGAAUGAAGUACUUACGGUGGUGCUUGGACCAUUGACAAAGUCAGGUUUCAAGAACAAACUUUUGAGUUCAUCCGUGUCUGAAUCGACGACUAUACGAGGUAAAUAUCUGUUGGAAUCAACAUGGAGGAUCAUGUCGGAGUAUUUAUAUUCUCAACCAGAGAAACCUUUUUGUUCAUUGGAUGGGAUCAUUGGUUGGGACAUGGAUAGGUUUCCAUGGAGUGGUUUGAUUAGUGAAGAAGUUAAUGUGUUGGGGAAAGAAGUUGAAGGUAUGAUCAUGGCAGAUCUUGUUGAGGAGCUUGUUAAGGAUCUAAGAAGACAAAUAUGCUAAGAACUUAAGAUGUUGAAGCAGAUCUGAUUGGUUUUGUUUUGGUGAAUAUGAAUGGUUUUUGGUGUGUUUCUGUAAAUAGGGCUUUUUUUAAUGGGGUGUUUUUCUUGAAGAAGGGAGUUUUCAUGGUAACUGUAAAUGUUUUCUUACAGUACAAGGAAGCUAGAUUCUUCUGAUUGCUACAUAAUUACUACUUUACUAAUACUAAAAAGAGUUUCUAAAU